AUGAACGUAUCUAUCAAUGGGAGGAGGUUUGGUAGUCAGGCCGAUAAUGUCACUGAGUCUCAUUUUGUGCCUAAUGAGCAAGAACCUGAUAAUGCUUUAAUCCCUAGAUCUAGGUACAUUCCUCGCGAUGAAGAUAGUUAUAAUGGAUCCAGGGAUGUAUUGCGAAACGAAAAUGAUGGAGAUAAAAAAGAUAAUCUUUCCUUAGAUGAAAGUGAGGCUAACGAUCGAAACCACGGAGAUGGUACUGAAUAUAAUACAGAGAUACACAGCCGUGUUCCAGUUUCUAAUACUCAGUUUUCCCGGGACAUUUAUAAUAGUGAUCAUGGCUGCAGUUCAUCUUCUGAUCCAUCUUUAGAAUCUGAUUUAACAAGUGCGAAAUAUGGCACUAUAGAUGCCGAUAAGUUAGACUGGGAUACAUCAGAUGAUAAGGAUAACCCACAAAAUUGGCCAAAAUGGAAAAAAUUGUAUGCAACAUAUACUGUGGCACUCAUAUGUUUAUGUGUUACUCUUGGUAGCUCAUUGUAUGUCUCUGGUGUGCCGGAAUUGGUCAGAGCAUUUGGAGCUUCACAAGUGCUUUGUAUUUCUGGCUUAACAUUCUAUUUGCUAGGGUUGGCGUUUGGUCCCGCUGUUGCUGCACCGCUAUCUGAAAUUAUUGGUCGUAGAUGGAUAUAUGUAUUCUCAUUACCUAUUUCCAUGCUAUUUACGAUGGGUAUCGGUUUAUGUCAAAAUAUCUAUUCUAUACUUAUUUUGAGGUUUUUCUGUGGCUUAAUUGCUUCACCUGCAUUAGCUGUUGCAGGUGGGUCGAUUAGUGACCUUUAUGACCCAUCAGAAAUUGGUACAGCGAUGGCUACCUUUUGUUUAGCUCCUUUUCUCGGCCCUGUUCUUGGACCCAUGAUCGGGGGGUUUGCGGCUGAACACAAGGGUUGGAGAUGGACGAUGUGGGUUUCUUUAAUAAUUUCUGGUGCAGUUCUUCCGCUAUCAGUGUGUCUUCCAGAAACUUAUAAACCCAUCAUUUUGAUAAGAAGAGCUGAAAAGAGAAGUAUCAAGUUGAACAAACAACCGAUAGACAAACAAUACUUUAAACACACGGCGAAAACGGCGUUAUUCCGUCCGAUAGAGAUGUUGGUUGUAGAGCCAAUUGUGAGCGUCUUUUCUAUCUACGUAUCGUUUAUUUUUGCAGUAUUGUUUGGUUUUUUUGAAGCAUAA